CUCUCUCUCUGUGUGCAGCAGAAGCAGCAKGGGGAGGAGAAGGUGGAGGGGGAGGAGAAGGAAGAGGGAAAGGAGCAGGAGGASGCUGGAYAGAAGAUUGAUGACGAAGACGAGGAGCUGGAGACGUAGCAGAUGGAGCAUGAGGAGGAGGUGGGAGACGAGCAGGGGGAGCGGGAGGAGAGGAGGACAACUAGGAGGAGAAGGAUUGUGGAGACGAGGAGAGGAGAAGGUGGAUAAAGAAGAGCGGGGCUUACGUGCAGGGUASAGCGGAAAUUUAAGGAUGAGCACGAUGACCCAUUAUGCCCAAGGUGAAGCACUAUGGGACUCGCCUCACUACUCUCCCAAUGUGCUAAAUAGCAACUGUCCUAUAUCUUCAGCUACAAGGGGACCCUCUGCCCGAAGGGGCAUGACCGUUCUUGGGAAGAUUCCUGCUGUUCCUAAGCCGAUAAAUUUGCCAAGCCAAAGGUUGGAGAACAGGGGUCUGGACCCAAAUGUGGAGAUUGUUCCAAGGGGCAGCAUAUCAUGGGGAUCUGUCUCCUCGUCAGCGAAGUCGCCACCAGUUGGAGGGGGUGGUGCAUGGGGACAAGGUGGCCGGCAGCUUUCAGCAUCUCCUCCAACGACAGCGAAUGCAUGGGGCCAGCAAGGGAGUCGUCCGAGUCCUGCUGCUGUAGCCAGCGCUGGGGUUACACCUUCAUCGACUACAGGAGCAUGGGGACAGGGAUCGGUGUCAAGGCCAUCAUCAGCAGGGAGUGUUGGGCAAGGCCAGGUGCCAGACCGUGGCACUGUGUCUGUCGGUCCAUCCUCUAGGCCUUCCUCUGCAUCAGGAAUACCGUCAAAUGCGCAUUCACAAGGAAUGCCCCCACGCCCGAGGACUGCAGAUGCUAAUUCCGUGGGGCCUCCAAUGUCCAGAUUUGCAGAUGUUGCUGCAGCUUCGCAGCCGAAUGCAUGGGGUAUUCAUCGAGGUCAGGCACAACAAGCACAGGGAGAGGAGCAUCAUCAUCAGCCAGCUCGCUUUCAACUGUCCCGCGGAGAUUUUCCAUCCCUUGGAGAGGAUAAGGAAUUAGAUCUGCGUCCACAACAGCAUGCAGGAGUGGAUACCUCUGCUUCGCAAGGGCAUGUAUUUGCUGGAGGCCAUUCAGUAGUAGAAGGUUGGCCACGAGAGUCUGGUCCAUACACAGGUCCUCCUCACGGGCCUCAAUUGGAUUCCUGGCGCAGAGAUGGACAUCCUGAGCCAUGGCAGCGGGAACCUGGUCCAGGAGGUCAUAGUGGACCCCAAGAGGAUGCUUGGCGAAGGGAUGGAGGAACACCAGGCGUCUACACCCCUGGGUCAUUUGCACGGUAUCCUGUGGCAGGUCCCGAACCGGGCGGAAUUCAGCCGCCACCGCAUCAUCAAUUUGGCAACCACCAAGAGCCAGGGCCUGCAGCACCAUACCCUGCACCAAUUGCUGCCGCAGGGCCACAUGGCUUCCCAAGGGGUGGAGAGGUCUUCGGUGGGCCUGGUGCAGUCGGGAAUCAUUUCCAAAGGCCGGGACUGCAUAGCGGUGGCCGUAUGGGUCCUCAUGGGCAUCCAGGCCUGUACCAUGGGCCUGCAGGGCCACCUCCACCAUCGCUUGGGCACCAUUAUGAUAGCUAUUAUGAGCAGGCAGGAGGCUCACCGCACGGGUUUGGGUAUCCUAGUAACGAGGACAGAGAGACGCCUAUGCUGGGAAUGGGCAGUUCCCCUUUUCCUGUGCAUAGGAGGGGGGUAGCAAUGGAGUAUGGAUCCAGCCCCAGUCCAGGCAAUGGUCCAGCUAUGAUGGCAGGACUGGGAAGGCAUGGUCCAGGAGGACUCAUAGGUGGUUCUGGAGGACAGAAUUUGGCACGGGGCGUAGUUGGCCAUGGAAGAGAACCCACUCCACUUGAAGGUGAAUCAGGGACUGAGCCCAUGCAGGGCACAAGGCGACCUCCUCCUGACCUGAGCUCUGAGCCACAGCGGCAAGCUGAGGAUUCGGAAGAGAGGAGGGGCGGACAAGAGGAUGCUGUGCCAGGGCAGGGGCAGCCAGAUUCGCAAGUGCAUACUCAGGGACCAAGCAGCCGGGCAGCAAGCCAAAGAGAUUGGGGCUCAGCAAGCCCUGAUGAGAGAAUGGAUUUCUCCAGGCCUGCUUUCGAUGAUGAAAAACCUGAGAAGCCAGGCAGGCAUGAUCUAGAACCUUCCAUAGUGCAUCCAGCGCGCCAACCACCAUCGCUUAUUGCUGGUUCAGCUCCUCAGGGCAAGCCUACCCAUGCUCAUAUCAUACACCAGCAACAAGAAGAGGCUGUGUCAAAACAGCAGCAAUCACGGCAAUCAGUUCAGCAGGAUGCUCCACAUCUUGUGCCACCAGCUCCCGUGACAACAGAACCAACCACAGCUGCAACAUCCGUUCGUCAAACACCAGUAUCCACAGCCUUAUCCACAGCAGCAGCAGCUGUUUCCAAGACCUCUGCAUCAUCAGCAGCAACCUCAUCAAAUACAGUCACAGCCACCAUCAUUGCUGUUGCCAAAGACUCCCCAGCAGCAGCAGCAGGCACCAAUAAAGCAACUCAAGCAAGUCCCACAGAACGAUCAGCUGGAAUCAACACCUCUGCCGAAACAGCAGCAGCCCCAGUCACUGCUGCAGAACCAACAGCUGCAGGCAGGGCGGCUGCAGCAGUUUGCACAGCAGGCACAAGCACAUCACCAUCCAUUAUUAAAACAUCACAUCGGCAUGCCACCUCAACCGCAGCAACAACAGAACGAACAGAAACCGCAGGAUAUGCAGCAGGCAGAGCUUCAGCAGGCACAGCAGAAGGCACUUCAGCAGGUACAGAUGCAGAUGCAGCAGCAGACACAGCGGCCAACACAGCAGUUCACACAGCCGCAGGUGCAGACACAGCCACAGGUGCAGAUGCAGCAGCAGACACAGCUACCGAUGCAGCAGUUCACACAGCCGCAGGUGCAGACACAGCCACAGGUGCAGAUGCAGCAGCAGACACAGCGGCCGAUGCAGCAGUUUACACAACUGCAGGUGCAGACACAGCCACAGGUACAACAACAGACACAUCAGCAGACACAUCAGCAGACGCAGCAGCAGAUGCAGCAGCAGACGCAACCGCAGCUUCAGCAGUUGUUACAGAAGCAGACACCGCAGCCGCUGCCCCAGCAGAUGCCGCAGCCACUACAGCAACAGACGACGCAGCAGGAGCAGCCGCAGCAGACACAUCCUCAUCCUCAUCAUCAGCAGCAGCAGACACAUCCGAAGCAGCAGACACAUCCGCAGCAGCAGACACAUCCGCAGCAGCAGACGCAUCCGCAGCAGCAGACGCAUCCGCAGCAGCAGACGCAUCCGCAGCAUCAGUCACAUCCGCAGCAGCAGACACAUCCGCAGCAGCAGGCACAUCCGCAGCAGCAGCAGACACAUCCGCAGCAGCAGGCACAUCCGCAGCAGCAGGGACAUCCGCAGCAGCAGACACAUCCGCAGGAGCUGACACAUCCACAGCAGCAGACACUUCCGCAGCAGCAGACAAAUACCCAACAGCAGACACAUCAGCAGCAGCGACCACAGACACAACUGCAACAGCAGACACAGCUGCGACCACAGACACAGCUGCAACCGCAGACACAGCUGCAACCGCAGACACAGCCGCAACCACAGACACAGCUGCAACCACAGACACAGCUGCGACCACAGACACAGCUGCUACCGCAGACACAGCUGCGACCGCAGACACCGCAGCAGCAGCAGACACAUCAGCAGCAACAGACACAGCAGCAACAGAUGCAUCACCAGCACCAGCAGCAGAUGCAGAUGCAGCAGCAACCACAACAGCUUGUGCAGCAACAGACACUGCAAGUACAGCCUCAAGUGUACCAGCUGUCUCACCAGCGACUGCAGCAGCAGUCCCAGCCGCGUCAGCAGCAGCAGUCCCAGCAGCGAUUACAGCAGCAGUCCCAGCACCAGCCCGAGGUGCAGCACCAGCCGAAGCUCCAGCAGCAGCCACAACAGCAGGCCCAGCACCAGCCCCAACAGCAGCCACAACAGCAGCCCCAGCAGCAGCCCCAGCAGCAGCCACAACAGCAGCCCCAGCAGCAGCCACAACAGCAGCCCCAGCAACAGCCACAACAGCAGCCCCAGCAGCAGCCACAACAGCAGCCUCAGCAGCAGCCUCUGCCUUCCCAGCUGCAACAACAGCAGCCACAACAAAAUUUGCAGCAGCAGAGGCACCAGAAACAGCCGUUCAUGCAGCAGCAGACUCAGGAACCUACACCGCAGCAGUCAGUGCAGAUGGAGAUGCAACAUCAGACAAAACAGCAGACACCACUCCAGGCACCAAACCAGAUGCCAAAGCAGGUACAUCAGCAGCAGCCACAGCAGGAGCUCAUCAGGAAUGGAGACCAGUUCAUGGAGUUGCUGCAGCUACCAGUUCACCUUUGCCUGUGCCUUCUGUGCCUCGGCCCAUAUCUGCUGGCAGUUCUACAGGUGGAGAGUUUGUGGCUAGCUCUGUGGUAUCAUCGAUGAAUAGUCACUGUGACACCCUGGUAUCUGGCAUAGGAAAGGAUGGAGGCAGUACUCCAGGUUCAUCGGUUUCAUCAGGGGCUGUAGCUGCUGCUGUUGCAGCAGCUGGUGCUGCUUUGAGGCCUGGAGGGCCUGUGCAAAGAGGAAGCAUUCUGGGCAAGCCUGUCCAAGGCCACGGAGUUCCUGCACAAGGCUCAAACAAUAAUGGAGAACUGCCACGGCGCCCUGUAGUUGCAACUUCCCAGCCUCUCACAGGCGAUGGAGGGAAGGUUUCCCCAAGAAUAGGCCCAGUGCAUGGGCCUGAAAGGCGAAGACGGCAGUCAGAGUCCCGCCCGCAUGCUGAAGGGGUCAAGUUUGGGGAGCGAAAUCCUGGUGUAAAGUCUGUUGAGAACGCUGAAGCACCUGUGAACAAGGAUUCAAGAAGUGCAGACUCACAAAGUGGUGGUACCAGUGGUAACAAGAGAGGCUUGACUUCUACCCAACCUGUCCAGAACACGGCCAUGUUAGCAACCAGAGACGUGGGUCCACUAGGCACUGAUUCACGUGAGAAAGCGCUGGAGAAUGGACCUCUCAAACCACCUGGAAGCAUAUCAGGGCCAGAACGAGGAGAACCGAAUUCGUUUGACUACAAUGGACAAAAGGAGAAAUUAAAGGAGAUUGCAAAGCAGACAUCUGCGCGGUUGCGACAAGAAGAGGAGGAGAGGAUGAGAGAGCAAAAGGCGAGAGCAAAGGCAAAGCUGGAUGAGCUGGAUCGCAAACAGGAACAGUCACUCCAGCGCACCAGCAACACAUCUUCUGCGGUUUCAGAAUCUGCUCAAGUAACCUCCACAGUGUCUACCGCAACUCCUGAUCCUGUUGUGUCGGCGGCUGGGACCGAUCUGUCAAGAGAGAACACAGAGGAAACAAAUGUUCCAGCUGCAGCUCAGCAUGUACAGGCAGGAAGAAAUGGUGCUUCUAAUAGAGUGGAGAACGGGAGGCGAUCAGAAAGGGUUGGAGGACGUGGCGGCCGAAAUAGGGAGGAGCUGAAGGCGAGGGGCCCUGGGAUUCAGGACAUGCAGAAUCGAGAGGCUGCACGACAGAAAGUGAAUGAUGAUACUAGGAACCCUCCCACUGCAUCACAUGGAGCGCAGAUGCAAGCUUUGCUUCCAUCUCCUGCUGCAAGGCAGCCAUUGCUGCCAGCACCUCAAAUUCACCAAGGAUUUCUUGGGCAACCAGACCUUCAGCUACCGCAGCAGCAACGCCUGCCAGUGACUCACACCCAGCCGCAGUCCCAACCACAACCAAACCCCCAGCCAGUGCAACCACAACAUCAAAUCCAGCAACUGUCAAGACAGCAGCAGCCUGCGCAGCAGCAGCCAGUGCAGCAGCAGCAGCCUCAGCCUCAGCCACCACUCCAGCAACCGCAGCAGAAGCAAGUGAUGCAGCAGUCGAUGUCUCCUACACAGCAACAGCAGCAGAACCAGCCACAGCAGCAGCAGCCUCAGCCACCACUCCCGCAACCGCAGCAGAAGCAAGUGCUGCAGCAGUCGAUGUCUCCUCCACAGCAACAGCAGCAACAGCAGCAGAACCAGCCACAACAGCAGCCUGCUCAGCAGUCUCAGCAACAUCAAGCGCAGCACAAUCCUCCACAUGUUCAUGGGCAGGUGCCACAGAAUGUAAGACCUCAAGGUGGGCCGAGGCAAGGUCAACGACCUCUACAGCAGGCCAGGCAGCGGCAGCAAUCACCCCAACAUUCUUCGGCGUUUGUCGUGAAAGCAUCUCGUGUAAUCCAGGAAGGAAGUGGGUCUCAGUCCGAAGUCGCAGGUGAUAAUGUUGGGGAUAUAAGAUCGGCUGGUUCGGUUAUGAAAGCAGGUGGGGCUGAGACAGCGUCCAGUGCCAGCACGGGAAGUUCAGUCAGUACAAAUAUGGUUGACCCUCAUGAAGCUCACAGGCGAAGGAGAGUCAAUUCGCGAAGUGGGAGGAGCCGGCAGAAAUCCGAAGGAAACCAAUCUGGAGGUAGUUUGGAAGAUUCUGGUCCAUCACCAGCUGAGGAAUGUGUCUCAGGCUCUCCAGCUGUGGCAGUGAAUAACAGCGAGAUCAAGAGUGCAGAACUUGAAGGUGGUGUCAAUACUGUGAUUGUGCCGACGGGAUGGGGCAGUGAGGCUGUCAAUAAACAGGAGGGGAGCGCUGGGGCUAUGGAUCCUAGCCAUGUCCCAAGCUCGGGACUUAAUUCAAGGAAGCAGCUCCCAUCAAGAAGAAUGUCUCAACGAGCAUCUGGAGAUGCAAGAGCAUUUGGAGAUGUUAGAUUGGUUGACAAAUUGCCGCCUCCGCCCUCUGGGCAUGUUGGUGCUGACAAUGUUGGGAGUUCAGCAGCUGUAUGGACGCCUGUGCAAGAUAGUGUUGGAGCUCAUCCAGGCCGCAUUUCAUCUGCUGCAGGUGUAACUGACAGGAGCAGUGCCUCUAGUGCAGCAAGUGAGAACAGAGGAUUACAAGUGGCAGCAUCACGCCAAGCUGAGGAUAGGGAGGAAGGGAGUGGAACCGUCCAGUCUCGUCCUAAACGUGCAGAGAUUGAGCGAUACCAACCUAAAGUAGUCCAGCAGCAGCAGCAGCAGCAGCAGGCUCACCAAUCACUGCAUGAACCAGGGAUUGGAAACCAGCAGUAUGUAAGACAGCCAGCUUUUCGUCAACAGCAGGUUAACCAACAGCAUGGGGGCAACCGAGCACAUGGGGGGGUGCAGCACCAGUCAAUGAAUCCGAACCAUCAACAGCAGCCACACUACAGGACGCCACAUGCUCCAGAACAUCCACACUCCAUGCAAAUGCAUCAGCAGCACCAUCAGAAUCAUCCACGAAAGGGUUUGGAGCAACCACAGCCAUCACCACCGCAGCCGCCGCCGACGCAACAGCAGCAGCACCAGCAACAGCCACAGCAGCAGCAGCAGCAGCUUCAGCAUGGAGCUCACCAAGGUCCGGGGCACUUCGCGCAUGGAGGUUCCCAGGUUGCGGAUGUAAGCAACAGCCGGCAGGCGGAAAGUUUGGAAAUUGGUGGUGGUAAUGGCAAUGGCAGUGGUCGAGUUGCCAGGGAGAACCUUGGAAACCGCAGGCGAAGAGAGAGGGAGAGAGAACGGGAGAGGGAUCGUGAAAAGGCAGGUGCGAGGGAGCAUUUUACAGGUGUGAAGACACAGGGCGUGCCACCACAACACUUGCCAAUUCAUGCUAUGCACUCAGGUGGUCAAGGAUCAAAUCAGGGUCCGCAGACAGGUCUCCAACAGGCGCCUGGAGGGACUGCCCCUUCAAGACAACAGCAGCAAAAUAUGAGUAAUCGAGGAAUGGGUGCGCAAAGAAUGCCAGCACCGGGAUCUCCUCUGCCACGCAGCCCAUCAGUGUCAGGUGGACCUGCAGGACGUGGUUCAGGAAUAGGGCAGAAAGCAACCUUUUCCAAUCCGCCAGCGAUGGGUGUUCCUCAGCACAGGGCACAAGGGCAACAAGAUCAAUUGGCAAACGCUCAGCAUUCGUCUCAUCAAGCUUCUACUCAUGGAGGCAAUGGGAAACAGGAUGGUACAAGUUCACAGCAUCUAGGUAAUGGCUUGGUGAGUGAUAGGGGUCUCCAGCCUCGAGGGGGUGCAGGAGCUGAUAUGAGUGGACCAAUCAGAGUGAGGGAUACUACCGCAGAUACAGUUAUUAGGAUCAGGGACACACCUCGGCGCAUCCCUGGUGGGCGAGGAGCACCUAUGCAUGGACGCGGGCUGUCCAUGGGCAAUGCUGUGAAUGCGAGCAGUAACAUUGGGCCAGUUGGUGGAAGGGGUGGUGAAGGGGAGAGCAGAAGGGAACCACAAGCGCCAAAACAGAGGAUGGUGAUUCGCGCUCAAGGUGGUAUGCUCCCAAACCCACCUCCACCUCCUGUUGGUCAGUCUGCAGGUUAGGUGGGAACUUGGCUGCAGGAAGGACCCUGAUGCAGACUACUUCAUCUCGUUUGAGUUUGGAACAGCGUUGAUCGAUCUACAAUGCAUUUUGGCAAAUUACGGCUGCUGAUGAUGUAUGCAUGCUUCGAAGGAGGGGAGGUAUUGAGGGUUGCCCUUGGCUCGAAGCUCCACAUCACUCCCAUUUAGGCUUCGGAAAGUUAUCCCGUCGGUGCAAUCCUUUUUGUAGCCGAGUGUGCCGGAUCCUCCGGAUGCAACUGUUGGGAAAGGACUCCUUGCUUUUCAUGUUUUCAUGGAUGUGUUUGGCGAAGGGAAUGUGGACUUCAAUGGUGUAUUUUGGCAAGCGAACGGAGGACUUUUGAGGCAACCUGUAAUAUGCAGAUGCAUGCUUGUGCAAGGAUUUUUGAAGAGAGCUGCUGACUGUAAGAAGUCCACUGGAUCUGUGUGAUCCGUUUGAUGGCAAUACGUCAGCUAUGCAAGGGGUGGAAGGAUGUGUAUAUGACAUGUGCUGGAGCUGUCAGGACAUUAGUAAAUAAUUUCUGAUAAACUUGGUAGGGUGCCAGUGCGGUGGCAGCAUGACUGGUAAUCGGAGAAAAAAUGAAGGGUGCACGGAACU